UCAGUGAAGGCAGGACGCGCGGAGGAGCCGCACACGCACGCAGGAGCGGCGCUGGCGGGGCGGGGGGCGGCCGGCCGGAGAAGGCGUCGGCGUCGUCGCAGCAGCAGGAGUAGCCGAGGCACGGCCGGUGGGGCGGACUGUGGGGAGGAGGAGGAGGAGGCGAGGCGAGGCGAGGCAGGCUGCCCCACCGCCUUCGCCCCGUGCCGCAGGGCUCGCCCGGACCAUGCCGAUCCUCCUUUUCCUCAUAGACACGUCCGCUUCCAUGAACCAGCGGGCGUAUCUGGGCACCAGCUACCUGGAUAUCGCCAAGGGCGCCGUCGAGCUCUUCAUGAAGCUCCGGGCCCGAGACCCGGCCAGCCGCGGCGACAGGUACAUGCUGGUCACCUUCGACGAGGCGCCUUAUUGCAUCAAGGCUGGCUGGAAGGAAAACCAUGCCACUUUUAUGAACGAACUGAAAAACCUGCAAGCAUCAGGAUUGACGACCCUUGGGCAGGCUCUUCGGUCGUCCUUUGACCUGCUAAACCUCAACAGAUUAGUGUCUGGAAUAGACAACUAUGGACAGGGAAGGAAUCCUUUCUUUUUAGAGCCCUCUAUUUUAAUUACCAUUACUGAUGGAAACAAACUGACAAAUACUGCAGGUGUUCAAGAGGAGCUCCAUCUUCCCUUGAAUUCCCCACUGCCUGGUAGCGAGCUCACCAAAGAACCAUUUCGCUGGGAUCAAAGGCUAUUUGCCCUUGUGCUGCGCUUGCCUGGAGCCUCUUCGGUGGAACCUGAACAGCUAGGGAGCGUUCCCACAGACGAAUCUGCUAUCACGCAAAUGUGUGAAGUCACAGGAGGACGGUCAUACUGUGUUCGGACGCAAAGAAUGUUGAAUCAGUGUUUAGAAUCGCUAGCUCAGAAAGUUCAGAGUGGUGUUGUUAUUAAUUUUGAGAAAUCAGGACCUGAUCCACCCCACAUUGGGGAAGAUGGACUCGUUGAUGCCACAAGGCCCAUCAAUUCUUUUGGUUCUCAGCCGUGGCACAGCUGUCAUAAACUUAUCUAUGUGCGGCCUAACCCUAAAACAGGAGUUCCUGUUGGGCACUGGCCAAUUCCAGAAUCCUUUUGGCCUGAUCAGAAUUCACCGACGCUGCCUCCCCGCACAGCACAUCCGGUGGUGAGGUUUUCCUGUGUGGAUUGUGAACCCAUGGUGAUCGAUAAACUUCCAUUUGACAAGUAUGAGCUUGAGCCAUCGCCCUUAACACAGUACAUCUUGGAACGAAAGUCGCCUCAUGCGUGCUGGCAGGUCUUUGUGAGCAGCAGUGGGAAAUACAGUGAACUUGGCCAUCCGUUUGGGUACUUAAAGGCCAGCACCACGCUAACGUGCGUCAACCUCUUUGUGAUGCCUUACAACUACCCUGUUCUGCUUCCUCUGCUAGAUGACCUUUUUAAGGUUCACAAACUUAAGCCAAAUCUGAAGUGGCGGCAAGCUUUGGACAACUGCUUAAAAACCAUGCCUCCCUACUACUUGCAGCCAUUAAAGAAAGCCCUAAGGAUGAUGGGAGCUCCAAAUCUGAUAUCAGAUAAUUUAGAUUGUGGACUUAGUUUCAGUGUUAUCUCUUACCUUAAAAAACUCAGCCAACAGACAAAAGUAGAGUCGGAGCGGAUAAUAGGGUCAGUGGGUAAGAAAGCGCCGCAAGAGACGGGCAUUAAAGUGAAAAAUAAUUCCAGCGGCCUCUCCCUGAUCCAGAGCAGAGAUUUCAAACAGCUACUUCAAGGGAUCUCGGGCGAAUCUCCACUGAGGCUGCCUGAAAUGAACGUGAAGGAAUUUGCUGGCUUCCACAUAGGGCUCUUGAACAAGGAUCUGAAGCCACAGGCCUACCGGAAUGCGUAUGAUAUUCCUCGCCGCAGUCUUUUAGACCAGCUGACCCGAAUGAGGACUAACCUGUUGAAAACGCACAAACUGAUUCUAGGCCAGGAUGAAGAUUGCCUUCACAGCGUGCCUGUGGCUCAGAUGGGAAACUACCAGGAAUACCUGAAGAUGAUGCCUUCUCCGCUUCGGGAAAUUGACCCAGACCAGCCCAAAAGGCUUCAUACUUUCGGUAACCCUUUCAAGCAGGAUAAGAAGGGAAUGAUGAUCGAUGAAGCAGAUGAAUUUGUCGCAGGUCCUCAGAACAAAAUCAAACGCCCAGGAGAGCCCAACACCCCUGCGUCCCUGAAAAGAAGGCGCAGCAUGUCCCCGCUGUUGAGACGGCCCCAGUCACCCCCUGUAAUAGCCAAUCACGUCGGUGGAAAGGGACCCCCCUUGGCUGCAGGGUCUGCGUCCAACCCCAACCUCAAAGCCAUGCCAGCUUACAAAGAUGCAAAUAGCAACACAGUCCAAGAUGGCGACAGUGAGAAGAAGGUGGAAAACUUCCAGGCGCUGGACAAACCGGGAGACGGGCUGCUGGCGAACCCGGCUCCAACGUCCCCUGCUGCUGUGGUGGACGACGACCUGCCAAAUGACAUGGGCUCCUUGCCCAGUGAACUCAAUUGCAUUGGGGAAGAUGGGCUGGACCACAGGCCUGAUGCCAACUCGCUUGUUCGGGGACCCGUAAACUAUAGCGUGUCUUCGGAGGACCAAAAACUCACCGCAGAGCCAGCGCCUGGAACUGUGCCAAAUUCCGUGAAACUAACGCCCAGUAUGUUUGAAGGGAACAACGAGGUUAUCAAAAUCAAAGUUAUGAAGGAGGUUCGCAAGCCUGGGAGAAAUUAUGAGAAAAUCUUUUCUCUCCUUGAAGAAGUGCAAGGCCCUGUGGAAAUUCAAAAAUAUUUCAUUGAAUUUGCUAUUAAAGAAGCCGCAAGGUUUAAAAAACGGGUCUUAAUUCAGCACUUAGAGAGAAUACUAGAGGAAAUAGAGUUCAGCAGCCUUCCCAACAGAGUUAAUCAUGUCAACAGUAGAUAAUAGUGUGCCGGCAAGACGAAUGUACGGGCCAGGGAGAACGAGUUUGCUGUGUCGCAGAGGAGUGGAAGAGGAUGCGGCAGUGACGGCGGCAGCUGCCACCCUGGCGGCCGGGCGGUUUUUCUGUUGGAGUCUAAGAAGAAGGGUGGCGUUUUUACGUUUGCGAACCUCUUUCGCCGGAAACUGGGCUGUGACCCUGAUGGAUUUGCUGCAGGUGUGGCUUCCUCCCUCCCCGUCCCACUUUGGAGGGCCUGAACCACCGAAGGGGCUGAAGAAAAUACCCAGUAGCUGCCCUCUCCUGCAGACAUUAUGAAAGCGCACCCGAGGCUCCCCAGGUCCAGACUUCAGUUCUCUUUCAUCUUGUGAGGAGGACGGAGACUCUUCACGUGGACUUGGCUUUGGAAGCACUUAAAGGAAACUUUGGGUUUAAAACAAACAGAAAAAACACAACCCCUUCCCCCGCAAUCUGUCUACAUAUAAAUAUAUAAAUAUAUAUAUGUAUGUAUUUUACUUUUUAAAUGUUCAUAUGAGAAGAGAUUAUUUUGGACACUGUUGUUUACCAGAUCCUUAAUUUGAUAUAUCAAACGGUAUGUGUGUGUGUGUGUGUAUAUACAUAUAUAUAUAUAUGAGAGGAUUUUUUGAGCACUUGUACAUAAUAAAAAUCAUUUUAUGAUUUUUCUAAUAAGUGCCUAAUCUGAA